GGGCAACGAGCUCACAUAGUUUAUAAGAGUUGAAAAUCUAGAAAUCAAGUCAAAACACACAAUAGGACAAUUUUUAACUAAAUUUCUCACUCAAUCAAUAAGAACAAAUAUUACAAUGAUACCCUCAUUGCCUGCAAAAAUUCUUAUAGGGAUUUCAUUGGAUGCUGAUGAAAGUAAAGAGCUUCUCGGUCGAGCUAUCGAAGUUCUUGCACAACCAGGGGACACUAUCGUGGCCUUACAUGUAAUCGAUAAAACAGAAGCAACGCCAAAUAAGAAAACAAGAAGAGAGGACAAGUACGCGAAGAGGAUAAAGCAUCAAAAACAAUUUCGGCAGGCCAAAUCAUUUGUGUAUUUGGAGGCUAGAGUUGGAUUAAGCUCAAGUACAGGUAAAGGAUUGAUAGAGGAAGCGAAAAUAACGAGGGCAAAUUAUCUGGUGAUAGGCAGCAAUGGAAACAAAUCGCCAAACAGGUCAGAAAGAAAAUCGUUCAUAACAAAUUUGUGGAAGAAAAUUUCGAGAAUUGCAUUGACACUUUUGCCAAAUAGAGGGCCAACCAAAAUCUCCGGUUACUGCUGUAAGAAUGUCCCUGACGGUUGCUCAUUGGUCCUCGUCCCAAGAAAUGAUCAAACUCUAGCACAACAUCUUCAAGCAAACUCCAUUAAUGAAUUCGAUGGGGAGUCUGAAAACCACUCAUACACUGAAAAUUCAAUUUCGUCCGAGGAAAACGAAACAAUACUAGACAUGAAGUCCAAAAAACCAUCACCAAGAUCAGUGUUUGAUUUUCAAGCGGCCGAUGAUUAUGAAAAAUGUUCGAAUUCAGACGAAAUAAUAAUCAGCGCAAACAUGUCCACAGCAUCGAAAGGGAAGCAACAAGAAUCGAGUAAAAAAUCCAAGUCAGCAUUCAAAUCAAUUUCAGGCCUUUUUCGGUUGAGAAAGCAAAAUCGUGAUGAUGCCUCAUUUGGAAACCAAAAGCAGGGGCCUCUGCUGAGGUGUUUUACUUAUCAAGAAAUUGCGAAUGCUACAAAUAAUUUCGACAUAGAUAAGAUGGUGGGAAAAGGAGGGUAUUCAGAGGUUUACAGAGGGGAAGUUGAGAAUGCAUGCAGCAUAGCAGUGAAGCGUUUGGCUAAGGAUAAUAAUAACAAUAAUUCAAAAAAGGAAAAAGAAUUUCUUAAUGAGUUAGGAGUAAUUGGGCAAGUGAACCAUCCAAACACUGCAAAAUUGAUUGGCUAUUGCAUAGAGAAUGGACUCUAUCUCAUUUUCAAAUUCUAUCCCAAUGGAACCCUCGCAUCUGCAUUACACGUUAGAUACAAAAUAAUCCUGGGGAUUGCAAAGGGUUUACAUUAUCUUCACAAAUGCUGCAAGCAUAGAAUAAUCCAUCGUGAUAUUAAAGCCUCUAAUGUUCUUCUUGGUCCAGAUUACGAACCACAGAUAUCUGAUUUUGGUCUUGCGAAAUGGCUGCCUAACAAAUGGAGUCACCAUUUGGGUAUUCCGAUUGAGGGGACAUUUGGUUAUUUGGCUCCCGAAUAUUUCAUGCAUGGGAUUGUGGAUGAGAAAAUUGAUGUUUUUGCCUUUGGGAUUCUUAUUUUAGAGAUUGUGACGGGCCGGAGGCCCGUUGACUCAGCCCGACAAAACCUACUUCUCUGGGCGAGGCCUUUAAUGGAAUCUGGAAAUUUAAGGGAGUUGGCUGAUCCAAAAUUGGAAGGCAGAUAUGAAAUGGACCAAUUGUUUAGAGUAGCCCUAACGGCGUCGUAUUGUGUAAGGCAAUCUUCAUUAUACCGACCAUCUAUGACUGAGGUGAUGGAGCUGCUAAAAUAUGGUCAAGAUUCAGAGAUAGGUUGGAGAAUACCAAAAUUCAAAAGCGAUGAGAUGGAUGACUACUCUAUGAUAUUUGGAUAUCAACUUCCAUCUGAUUUAUCUAUAGAGGAUAUUUGAUUUGAAACUUAUGAAAUCUUUUUUCUAAUGUGAUUUAUUUAUCCAAAAUUUUAUGUUCACUUUAUAUUUUUCGCUCAAUCAUUCCGAAGUACGAUUAGUUUAGUUUACUAUCGCAUUAUGUGAUUCAGAAAUAGGGUACGAAAAUACACAAAUAAAGUUAUAAGAUUGAGUAGUUAGUCCGAAAUUGGGGAUACACGGAGGGUAGUAGGUAGGUAGACGGUUGUUAUAAUUUCAUAUAAUAUUUUUAGAAAAUGCUACAAUCCCG